CGUUGAAACAUCGAAAACUACGAUCGGACGCUGUUUCACAAGAUGGCUGACGUAGAAAUGCCAGAAAACUUGCAACUUCGACCAAGUACGCUGCUUCAUCGGUGCAUAAAUGAAAGAAACAAUAUCGGUGUCGUGGAUGCGGAAAAGGGACAUGCACAUCCUGAGCGCUGGUAUCCUCAUGUACACGUCGGAUCUGAGGUUCCAAGUGAUCCAUCCGGACAAGUCGGAACACUGGACUCUGCAAAUCAAGUCGCCUCAGGAACGGGACUCCGGCGUGUACGAGUGCCAGGUCAGCACGGAGCCGAAGAUGUCGCUGAACUACAGCCUGAACGUCGUCG